CUGCCCGCUGCCCGCUGCCCGCUGCCCGGACCCGCCCUCCUUGGCUCAGUCCUGCUCUUCCCCGCCCCGCCGGACCCCGCGGGGUCUCUCGUGACAAGCCUGUCUGGGCCGUGCGCCAUGGUGGCGCUGUGGGCUCUGGCUCUGACCUUGGCUGCAAGCCGGACCGCCGGCUGCUCCCCUAACAUCGUGCUGAUCUUUGCUGAUGACCUGGGCUACGGGGACCUGGGCGCCUAUGGCCACCCCAGUUCCACCACCCCCAACCUGGACCAGCUGGCCGCAGCGGGGCUGCGGUUCACGGACUUUUACGUGCCCGUGUCUCUGUGCACGCCCUCCCGAGCCGCCCUCCUGACCGGCCGACUCCCAGUCCGGAUGGGUCUGUACCCCGGUGUUUUGGGGCCUGGCUCCCUGGGGGGCCUGCCCCUGGAGGAGGUGACCCUGGCUGAGGUCCUGGCUGCCCGAGGCUACCUCACGGGGAUGGCCGGCAAGUGGCAUCUUGGGGUGGGGCCUGAGGGGACUUUUCUGCCCCCGAAUCAGGGCUUCCAUCGAUUCCUGGGCAUCCCAUACUCCCACGACCAGGGCCCUUGCCAGAACCUGACCUGCUUCCCGCCGGCCACACCCUGCGAGGGCAUCUGUGACCAGGGCCUGGUCCCUGUCCCGCUGCUGGCCAACCUGUCCGUGGAGGUGCAGCCCCCGUGGCUGCCAGGACUUGAGGCCCGCUACCUGGCCUUCGCGCGCGACCUCAUGGCGGAUGCCCAGCGCCAGGGCCGCCCCUUCUUCCUGUACUACGCCUCCCACCAUACCCACUACCCGCAGUUCAGCGGGCAGAGCUACGCCGGGCGCUCGGGCCGCGGGCCGUUCGGGGACGCCCUGAUGGAGCUGGACGCGGCUGUGGGCGCCCUGGUGGCGGCAGUGCAGGACCUGGGGCUGCUGCGGCAGACGCUGGUCAUCUUCACGGCAGACAACGGGCCCGAGACGAUGCGGAUGUCCCAGGGCGGCUGCUCUGGCCUCCUGCGGUGCGGAAAGGGAACCACCUUCGAGGGCGGCGUCCGAGAGCCGGCCUUGGCCUUCUGGCCAGGCCACAUCACUCCUGGCGUGACCCACGAGCUGGCCAGCUCCCUGGACCUCCUGCCCACCCUGGCGGCCCUGGCCGGGGCCCCGCUGCCCAACAUCACCUUGGAUGGUGUCGACCUCAGCUCCGUGCUGCUGAGCACUGGCAAGAGCCCCCGGCAGAAUAUGGUCUUCUACCCUGCCUACCCGGAUGAGGUCCAUGGGGUGUUCGCUGUGCGGAGCGGGAAAUACAAGGCCCACUUCUUCACCCAGGGCUCUGCCCACAGCGACACCACCGCGGACCCUGCCUGCCACGCCUCCAGCCCUCUGACGGCCCAUGAGCCUCCGCUGCUCUUUGACCUAUCUGAGGACCCCAGUGAGAACUACAACCUCCUGAGUAGUGAGGCUGAGGUCACUCCGGAGGCCCUGGAGGCCAUGAAGCAGCUGCAGCUGCUCAAGGCCCAGUUUGAUGCUUCCGUGACCUUCGGCCCCAGCCAGAUGGCCCGGGGCGAGGACCCUGCCCUGCAGAUGUGCUGCGACCUCGGCUGCAGCCCCUGGCCCACCUGCUGCCUCUGCCCGGAGCCCCCGCCCUGAGGGCACCUUCCGUUGCUGGGGCUGGGGCACCCCGAGGGGUUUGUACCCGUAACCCAAUAACACCAGCUGAGACUUGUAGGUGUGACAAUUCAUCUGAUCCUUGGGAUGGCCAGA